CGCCCCGCGCCGCCCGCCAGCCAUGGAGCCUGGCCCCGACGGCCCCGCCGCGCCCGGCCCCGCCGCCAUCCGCGAGGGCUGGUUCCGAGAGACGUGCAGCCUGUGGCCGGGCCAGGCCCUGUCGCUGCAGGUGGAGCAGCUGCUGCACCACCAGCGCUCGCGGUACCAGGAUAUCCUCGUCUUCCGCAGCAAGACCUACGGCAACGUGCUGGUUCUGGAUGGCGUCAUCCAGUGCACGGAGAGGGACGAGUUCUCCUACCAAGAGAUGAUCGCCAACUUGCCUCUCUGCAGCCACCCCAACCCCCGAAAGGUGCUGAUCAUCGGGGGUGGAGAUGGAGGCGUCCUAAGGGAGGUGGUGAAGCACCCUUCGGUGGAGGCAGUGGUUCAGUGCGAGAUUGAUGAGGAUGUCAUCCAAGUCUCUAAGAAGUUCCUGCCAGGUAUGGCCAUUGGCUACUCUAGCUCAAAGCUGACCUUACACGUGGGCGAUGGUUUUGAGUUCAUGAAACAGAACCAAGAUGCCUUUGACGUGAUCAUCACUGACUCCUCAGACCCUAUGGGCCCUGCCGAGAGCCUCUUCAAGGAAUCCUAUUAUCAGCUCAUGAAGACGGCGCUCAAGGAGGAUGGCAUCCUCUGCUGCCAGGGCGAGUGCCAAUGGCUACACCUGGACCUCAUCAAGGAGAUGCGGCAGUUCUGCAAGUCGCUCUUCCCUGUGGUGGGCUAUGCCUAUUGCACCAUCCCCACCUACCCCAGCGGCCAGAUCGGCUUCAUGCUGUGCAGCAAAAACCCGAGCACCAACUUCCGGGAGCCCGUGCAGCAGCUGACGCAGGCGCAGGUGGAGCAGAUGCAGCUGAAAUACUACAACUCCGAGGUGCACCGCGCGGCCUUUGUGCUGCCUGAGUUUGCACGCAAGGCCCUGAAUGAUGUAAGCUGAACACAGGUGCCACCGUCAAUACCGCCCAGGACCUCGGUCAGACUGGAUCAGGGAGCCUCCAGGGUACCUGGGGCUCCACCAGCCCUGGACCAAACCCCUGACCGCCUCUUGCCCACCAACCAAGUGUUACAGGCCCCAGAAUGCUGCCUGGCCUACCCUGCUGGGUGGACUCUGUCUUCUCUCUGUGGCGUUCAGCCCCAAGCCUAUACCAGCUCUGUACAGCACCGUCUCUGCCCUGUGUUGUCCUCAACAAACAUGUGUAUUUAUAACCA